AGUUUUCACAAAACAUUUUUUAAUGUGCUUUUCCAGCUUGACAUGCUGUGUAGCGGCUGCAUACAUCACACCAUCUCAUGAUUUGUGAAUGCUUUUCUCUGCUCGUAUCAUUAGCUAGGGAUAAUUUAACUGGAUUUUCACACGAGCUCACGGAUUAGUUUUUUGCUCAAUAUUUAUAAAAUUUGCACUUUUACAGUUUGACUAUUGGUUGAUUGAUUAAGUUAUUUUGGCAGUGUAAUGCAAUAGAUGUUUUAAGACCUUUUUACCUACAGUUUACAAAUAAUAACCGGGGUUCUAAUUAGUGUUUGUUUUAAUUACUUUAUUUGAGCGUACAAUUUUCGGUUGCAUUUGAAUAUAUUUAAUUACGUUGUUUAACUAGGGUCUCAACGCAUUAGGUGUCAAAUAACAGCACAAUUAAAAGAUAUGAUUCUUGAGACACUGCAACUUAAGCUGAAAUAGUGGAGAUUAAAAGUUCCUUAUUUGAGUCUAAAGAAAUCCUACAAAUAUUAGAUAUGAAUGAAAAAGAGUGAGAAUGUUGCCUCCUUAUACCCUAAAAAGAGGCAAGUACAUUAUUUAAAGACGAAUUGAGGCUUUUGAGCAUCUUUCGGAUUUAACAGAAUUUGCGUAUUUUUGGACACUUUUUGAGGACACCCUGAUCUUUAUUUUGCUCUUUUCAGUGAAAAAUUACCCUUUCAAAUAAAAAAAAAAUAACAGAGGCAUACAACAGAAAGCAUACAAGCAACAUACAACAAUACACGAGAUAACUGAGAUAAUCAGCUAUUAACUCGCCGUGUAUAAUAAAUGCAAUGUAAUUUGAAAUGUUAAUAAAAGGCAGUCGUACCGAUGGUACCACAUUUAUAAAUUCCAGAUAUUAGGCAAAAUGAGCAAAACAGCAAUUAUCCUUUCUUAUCCUUUGACAUUCAAUUGCUUAUUCAGCCAUGCAAAGAAGCAGCAAGAGUGAAAGUGGUCUGCAUGGUCGUACCCUCACGGUGGUUGCCAAUCGAGAAAGUCACUCUCUUCGCUGAAUCAGUCGAGACCAUCUAGUCGGCUACGGUAACCUAAGCGCGCCGCUACCCGAUUGUUUUUACUUCUUUGUUCUGCAAAAAAAACAGCCUAACGACGUUCAGCGCGUUUACUUCGCGAAGUGCGUGACUGAAGAGACAUUGAAUCGGUUUGCGUGCUACCACUUGGCUGGAAUUGCAAGUUUUUAGUUUUUGGAUAGUUUCUUAGUAAUUGCCAAAAAUUAAUACCCGAGCGGAGUAAGUGGACAAAAAUGCCUAAUUGGAAAAACCAUAGCUGAAUGACUUGUAAUUACUAAAGCAAAAAAUUUAAUGAAGCUACCAAAACACUUUUACCUAGAGAGUGAAAUUUUCGAGCAGUUAUUGACGAUUUACUUCUUAGAACAGUCACUCUGGUACUAUUGUGGUUUGAGGAAUUUGAAAAUCAUCGCCACCAUCAGCAAAUGAAUUAAGACCGCAACACAGAUCAACGCUACCUGCCGCCAACGCCAACACCAAAAUAAAUGGGAUUAUUUCAAAUUCCCCAAAAUGAACAAGUUCCAUUCAUCAGUGCUGGCACUAGUUUUGAGUAUUUUGCUAAUUCAAGCUGCAGAUCCUCCAGUUGAAAACACCACCAACAGUCUACUGGACUCCUUACCAAAACUAACCCCUCGGCCUCAAAUGAAAACCGAAAACAAAUCAACCGCAUUAGAGCAAACCAACGAACAUUUAGUACAUCUCUAUAAUACUUUGAAAAAUAUCCAGCAGCAAGCCCAGAACGAAUCUACUCGGCGAAUCUACAAUGGACUCGACGAGUUUUUGCAAAAGCCUGACAAAAGUGCCGAUGAAAAAGUUCUGGAGAACCAUUUUGUGAGACCACUAUUAAGUGAAUAUCAAGACUUGAUUCAUGCCGAGCCAGCGUACGAUUAUGCUGAAAGCAGUGGAAGAAUUUCCAAGGAGGAUUACGUUGAAAACUUCCAAAUCCUCUCCAAAGAGGAAAUCAAUGUUCUGCUACAUAACGCCGAUAAGUACCAACAAAAUGAUUUUCAACAUGACGCCACCAAUGGCGUUGGAAGCGGAUACGGAUUGCCAGUAAGCUCAAGCGGCGACUUUGAACCACCAAGUCAAAAGCAUAAUAUUAAUUUUGCCGAUGGAGCAAGCAGUGAUCAACAAGCCCCUUCCAAUGAAAAAGAAAUUGACAUCACGUAUAAAUCAAAGGAAAAUAAUUUUCAAAACAUAGAACAAAACGAAUUUAUUCCCCCCAAACAGGAGCAAAAUGCUUACACCGGUAAUACGGCCGAGCCUCAUCUGGAAGCAGGAACAGACAAGCAGAAAAGUGUGGAAAUCGCCUUUUUCAAAUGGCAAGACAGUUCAUUUGAUAACAUCCAGAGCAGUGGAGCCGAUUUGGCGCCUCCAGCUAAAACUGGAGAAGAAUAUGGAACUAUCGGCAGCAGCUUUCCAAAAGCUGCUGCAAACAAAGGGACUUCAGAACCGUUUCAAAUCAAUGCAGGUGAUGCCAGACCGGCGCAAAUUAGCCAAACCUCCACUUUGGAAAAUAAUAGUGGAGACUUAAGCCCACCUCCUGGUAACGGCGAUAGUUAUGGCACCAUUAAGGCAGGAGGAUUGACAAAUGUAAAAAUACCUGCGAGGUUAAACGCAAAAAGAGUCAGCCCAUUGGUCGAUAUUGACGUGCAAAGCAAUGACGACUCCCAGCUGGGAAAAAGCAACGAUUUUAGGGCGAAUGCACACGCAAAUCGGUAUGAGGGAGUCGAACCACCUCAAGGUAUCGAUGUUCUGCCAUUGGAAAAUGACGGCCAAGGUCCGAAUGAAUUUCGCAAAAGAAGCGAAAACGGAAGUGGUGAAAAAGUUUCCAGACCAGACGAAAACAACAAACUAGACACAUCUUUAACCAGACGGGAUGAUACGUCGCUUGAAACAAACGACAGAGAGCACAUUGGAGAAAUUCUCCCCCCGGGCUUCAAGUUUGAAGAACGGCCGAUUAAGGUAAUGAAAUUCCCAGUUCAGCACAGCUCCAGACGCCAUAUGAGAAAGUCCUACACGUACGACGACGGAUUCUACUCGGGUCACAAUCAGGAAACCCCUAGAAAUCUGAUUUCUUUCCCAGCGGAAAGGUACCGGCCAGAGUACGAAGCAAGCGACAUAUCAAGUGAGAGUUUCGAACCCAACAAUUACUCAACAGGAAAAUCAUUUCCCACCCCAGAAAGCUCAGCUAGAGCCAGAUUCAAUGAAUUAGCGGCUUUUCGCUAUCCGAGAAGGCUCAGAGGACUUUCAGGUCCAUACGACAGUGCACAUAUAAGCUUUCAGCCUAUCAGAAGCGAACCGCCAAGGGAGGCCUAUUUCGACCCUUCAGCACGUUAUCAAACAGCCUGGUCAAGCCCUUCAAGAAGACCUAGAGUCAUUUUUCCCAGCGAUUUAGUACAAUUCAGGGACCCGGCUAAUGCAGGAAGUGCACCAGCUGAAGAAGUAGACUGGCUAGCUGGUGACAACAGUUUACAGGAUUUGGAAGGAGCUGAUAGUAGAGAUAGAGGCGACGUCUCAUUCUGUGCCCAAGGAGCAACUUGUGAAUUUUUCCUCUCCUGCUGGAUAUCUGGUGGUUUAAUCGACAACCCUUGCGAUGGUAUUUUAAGGGGCUGCUGUUUCAGAGGCGUUGCUAAAACAGGAUUUUUGACGCAAGGUCCUGCUGUGGGGACUAUCGAAGCCCCUCCGGAAGGGCCCCGAGGACGAGACGUUACUUUGCUUGAUGGUGUUCGUUGUGGAAUAUCAUCCAAACAGCAAGCUCAAAGAAGAAUUGUUGGAGGUGAAGAAGCAGGAUUUGGAACGUUUCCUUGGCAAGCGUAUAUCAGAAUAGGAUCCUCAAGAUGUGGUGGUUCAUUGAUCAGUAGAAGACAUGUGGUAACUGCAGGACAUUGUGUCGCGAGAGCAACACCUCGACAAGUUCACGUGACUCUUGGCGAUUAUGUCAUUAACUCAGCAGUGGAACCGCUUCCUGCUUAUACCUUCGGGGUGUCCAGCAUUCAGGUUCAUCCAUUUUUCAAAUUCACCCCACAAGCCGACCGAUUUGAUGUGGCAGUUCUCCGUCUGGAUAGAGCGGCCCACAAUUUACCCCACGUUACCCCCAUUUGCUUGCCGACUAAAGGGGAGAAUUUUCUCGGCGAUGUGGGACAUGCAGCUGGAUGGGGUGCUUUAAGCCCCGGAUCCAGAUUGCGACCUCAAACUCUGCAAACUGUUAAAGUGCCCGUGAUUGAUAACAGGCAGUGUGAAAGAUGGCACAGGUCGAAAGGUAUACAAGUGACCAUCUAUGAUGAAAUGAUGUGUGCAGGAUACAAAACUGGAGGAAGAGACAGUUGUCAGGGUGAUUCUGGCGGUCCUUUGAUGUUGCAGAAAACAGGACGAUGGUUCCUAAUAGGAAUAGUUUCAGCAGGAUAUUCUUGCGCUCAACCCGGACAACCAGGAAUUUAUCAUAGAGUAGCACAUACUGUAGAUUGGAUUUCCAGAGCUGUAGCUGCUAGAUAAAUUGUCGCUCAUCAAUCCAACUGUACAGUAGAUUUAAAAGCCAAUAGGAACAUUUAAUGUGAAUAUAACUAGACUGUGACCUAGUUGUAAGUAAGCAAUUUGCACACAAAGCGAAAAACAAAAAAUAUUAACUAAUAUUAAUUGAAGAGAUGUAUUCGGUGAUCUUGACACUGCCAAUGUGUAAAUAGUUGUGUUGCUUUGAACUCUACGACAAUAUGUAUUGUAUAAUAUAUAUCUUGUAAAUAUUUGACGUUAGGAUACUAGUCAUUCUACAUUCCACACAUUGCAUUGUGGUAGUAAACAAAUCAUUAAUAAAUAAACAGUUUAGUGUCAGCUAUUUGCCACAAUGUAAACAUAGACAUGCGCGUGUAAACAGAACAGUCAGAAGACAAAUGAUCUAGAAAACUAAAACUGAACAGUUAAAGUACCUAUCUGUGUUUAAUAAAAUUUCAAUUUUGAAAUAUAGUACGUACACGAAACAAAAAAAUUGCUUUGCUAGAUAUUUUACGAACUUAAUUAUAGUACUAGUACAGAUUAAAGUAAUUGUUAUACCGGAAAAUAUUUAAGUAUUUAUUGAUUUAUUUAUGGCUUUAAGCGUGCCGAGCUUUCACAAGUAUAAUUUAUUAUGUAUAAUUUACUAGUACGUUUUAAUAUACUCGAAUUGCUGUAAAUUAGUGUGUAAGUUGUUUAAUCUCCAGUAUAUAGUUUUACGUUGUUAUGUUAAAUGUUGCGUUGAAUGAAAUCGUAUGUAGUACAAUAAAUUUUUUGAGAUUUUCUCUAAA